AUGGACUCAACGGGCGAGACCAGCACGAUGAAUCCAGCCCAACCCCAAGCCCCCAAGGUGGAUGAAGAAAAUACAUAUCUCUUGGCGAUGCAGCUCACCAGAGCCUCCGAGCUCCCCAUGGUCCUCAAGACUGCGAUCGAGCUCAGCCUCCUUGAGAUCAUUUCCAAGUUUGCCAGCGGGCCCAUGUCAGCCAAGGAAAUCUCGGCUCACCUGCCAACUCAGAACCCUGAUGCGCCCGUGAUGAUUGACCGGAUCCUAAGGCUCCUUGCGACACGCAAUAUCAUCACAUGCUCCCUACUAGAGCUACUGGCCGUCGCCAGCAAUGCUGCGGAGAGGGCGGAGCGGGUGUACGGUCCUGCUCCAGUCUGUAAAUUCUUGACGCAGAACGAGUACGGCGUUUCACUUGCCCCCUUCUGUCUCAUGAUCCAGGACAAGGUUCUCAUGGAAAGCUGUUACUACUUGAAAGAUGCGAUCCUCGAGGGUGGGGUCCCAUUCGACAAGGUUUAUGGAACGAGCUCCUUUGAAUACUACCGCACCAAUUCUAGAUACAAUCAAAUAAUUAACUGGGGAUUGUCCAAUCAGUCCGCAAUCGUGAUGACAAAGAUCCUAGAGACAUACAAGGGUUUCGAGGGCCUGUCUGCCCUGGUUGAUGUCAGCGGUGGAAUUGGAGCCACUCUUAACAUGAUCAUCUCCAAGUAUCCCACCAUAAAGGGUAUCAACUUCGAUAUGCGUCAAGUCAUUGAGGAAGCUCCAUCACAUCCCGGUAUGUUAUUUUAUGCGUAUCCCUUUAUUGUUUACGCACAUUCUCUGGAGAUGUGCCGCGAAUGGAGCGAUAGGCACUGUUUGAAGAUUCUACAGAACUGCUACGAAGCACUCCCCAAGGACGGGAAGGUGAUCGUGGCGGAAUGCUUACUUCCUGAAGUUCCGGACACGAGCCCUGCAUCCAAGUUGGUCGUCCAUGCGGACUGCAUCAAGUUAUCCUAUAAUUCUGGUGGGAAAGAGCGGACCAAGGAGGAGUUCGAAGCUUUGGCAAAGGGAGCUGGUUUCAAAGGUUUUGGAAUCGCUUGCAAGGCUUUUGAGACCUGCAUUGUGGAAUUCCUUAAGCAGGGUAAUUAG